AUGAACAUCAGUGAAAGUCUUGGGGGUUUUAUAGAGCUCCAGUGGCAACGGAAAACAUUUGGGACAACGCGUACGCAUUGUGUGAUGCCCCAGCAGGAGAAGGACGUUCCGGAAUCCUUCGCAUCGAGUGGACCGAAAGGGGUGAAGAAUGGGGAUACAGACGCGGCGAACCUACGCGUCGACUAUCCGAGCCUGCGCGCCAUUGAAGAGGAGAUCGAAACUCAAGGGGAUGAAAUCAGAUUUAUCAGAAAGAGCAAGCCCUACGGGGAAGGGAUCCGGCAUGAAAGUGCCGGGACUCUUUACGCCACGGGGGAUCACGAGAGGCAGACAUAUGCAACUGACAAGAAGAGAAUGAUACUGGUCACGAACAACAAGAGUAGGAGUACGUGCUCUCAAUCUGUCAAGGGCAAUGUUGUCGCUGCGUCUGGUGAACGGGUGAAGAAGCCACCCAGAACUAUGCGUCGCGCCGAGCUUCCUACUUGGAUUGAGUGGGCGCUCAUCGAGUUCCCAAGCGAUUGGGACCCGGAAAAAAAAUGCAAAAGCCUCAAUUUGCCCACUAGUUCAGUAUAA